AUGGAGUCCCUGCCUGAUGAAAUUGUACAAUACAUUUUGUCCCACAUAAAUAAUGCUAAAGACGUGGCCUCUUGCAUGUGUGUCUCCAAGAGGUGGAAGGACUCAGUACCUUAUUUGAGGAGCCUAUUUUUCCCACGAAAUCUUCUUGACAUUUUUGGCAAUCCUCCCGAUGCCAUUGUGAUGCAAAUGAUUUCUUCAAUUGCCGACUUAGAGGAACUUGUAGUCUAUUGUACAUUUUCCUGUGUUGGGCUCCGGUUAUGGCUGUCGAUAGCAGGACCCUCCUUGAAGAACCUUGAGCUUCGAAUGGAUACCAUAAUCACCCCCCAGAAUUUUCCUAAAUCCCCUUCAAAGUUGGAUUGCAUUGGGUCUGCAUGGAAUUUGGAGUCCCUUAAGCUUUGGGGUGUGCUAAUGAUUGAUUCGCCCCAAUGGGAUGUUUUCCUUAGGCUAAGAAAUCUGGAAGUAGUUGGUGCUAGAUUGAAGGACACCGCACUAUCUGAUGCACUUCGCGCUUGUCCUAAUUUGACUCACCUGUUGCUUCUUGGUUGUGAGGGUUUGAAGUCUGUUUCAAUUGAGCUUCCUCAUCUGGAGCAUUGUAAGCUUGAUUUUACCGGAAAUGGUAACUGCUUGCUUUCGCUCAAUUCACCAAAGCUCGAAUCACUUGAAGUACAAGGUUGUAGAUUGAUCAGAGUCCACAAAACUCAACGCUUGAAAAAUCUCUCAAUUGCCAACAAUAAAGGACGUGUUUGUAUGUUGGAUUUUGGAAAACUUGUGGCACUGGAGUCCUUGUCAAUGAGAGGAAUACAGUGGUGCUGGGAUGCCAUAAGCAAAAUGCUUCAGAUGGCCAGUGAAGUGAAGCAACUAUACAUGAAAGUGGAAUUCACUGGGGAUUUUGAGGAACUCAUGCCAUUUCCGGAGAUUGAUUUUGUUGACUUCUUUAACAGCCACCCAAAGCUGCAAACUUUUGACAUUCAUGGUGCCAUGUUUGCUGCUCUUUGCCAAAAGAACAGCUUGAAAUAUGUGGACUCGAGAUUUUCAAUUCCGUGCCUUGAAAAGGUUAUGAUUACUGUCAGAUCACCCUUGAAUGCCGAACAGAAGAUGAAUACUCUGGAGUCUUUAGUAAAUAAUGCCAAGAAUUUAAAGAAUAUGACGAUAAAGAUUCUCCAAAUGAAAAGCAGCCACAGUAGUGCAGAUGAUUUCUUUGAAGACGUUUGCAGAUUUAGAUACACGAAUCGUAAGAUUGUUUUGAUUGAAUAA